AAAGUUUGAACAGCUUGCAGACAAAUUUGUAUCUUUCUCUCUAACACCAUUCAUUUGCACCAACAAUGUGAGUAGAAAGGUCGUACAUGAUAUCUUAGGUAGAAUUCGAUGCUUUAUUUUCCCACAAAGGUGCAAAAGAUUAACAUUAUCUUUGGGCAAACACCAUUUUAAGAGCAAACAAAAAAUUUUUUCUCGAUAAUCGCCGUUUCCCUAGCCGCUGCGUGUUUGUAUAUUUUUUCGUUAGGAGGACUUCUCAAGGAGUUAGCACUGCAGUAAGCGUUACUGGUAUGGUUACACCUUUAAAUUCGAGUUUUGAUUGACUGAGAAUUUGACCUAUCAAGCGUCUUUUCGGGUAAUAAGAAGUAAGAUGAGAAUAAAACCAUUCAUCGUCAUCAUCUGUACAUUUUCAUUGGCCCGUUCAACACUUGUGAAGCUCAGAAAAAAUCAAAGACUGCAUGACCGCAAGUUAAAAGUCAAGCAGACGCAAGGUAUCAUGGAAUGCGCACACCGAUGCGCACUGUUGCCUUCUUGUGAUUCGUUAAAUUAUUUGUCUGACGCGGCUGAUUCAUCCGGGACAUGCGAGCUCUGCCGGUUGCAGUUCGUGGAGGAUGAACCUCGUCCUGAUGAUGAGGGCUGGAUGCACGGUAAACUCUUCAGCCCUGAAAGAAAGUUUACUUUCACAACUCUGGGCGCGCAAGGUCAAGACGGACCUGUGGACACAUCGCUAUAUGACGUCACAUCGUUAGCCGGUAAAGUUCAAUUGAUACAAGGGAUCCAGUUAUGGAUUGUCCCAGAAACUGGGAGCUACGUCAUCCGUGCACUUGGAGCUUCCGGUGGAAAUGGGACAAAUUCUUCUUCUUCCUUUACUUGGGCUACAGGAGGAAGAGGGGCAAGCAUUCAAGGAACAUUUUUCUUACGACGAAAUGAAAAAUUAAAAAUCCUUGUGGGUCAGAAGGGACAUCCCCUCAUGCAGUUCACGCAUCACCCGGGAAGUGGUGGUGGGGGGAGUUUUGUCACGUAUGAGAAUGACUCACCACUUCUUGUCGCCGGGGGAGGAGGGGGUGCGUAUGCGUAUUUAGCCAGAAGCAAAGAUGGGGGUAACGGGCAGGCUUCCAUUAAUGGAACAUUCGGGGGAGGCUCAAACGGGAAGGGAGGGGCUCUGAUCCAGGCGGGUUCAGAUUUCGUCAAUGGAGCAGCGGGAGGCGGCUUAUCAGGGGAUGGAGAAAAUGCAGGUUUCUUUGCUUCCGGGGGCAAAAGUUUUACAGGUGGAGGGCAAGGGGGAGAAAACAGAGUAGCCUUAGGAGGGGAAGGUGCGGGAGGGUUUGGCGGAGGAGGGGCAUGUAACUCGGAACCAGGGGGUGGUGGUGGCUAAUCAGGCGGGGGCGUGUAUAAGAAUAACGAGUACUCGCAAGCGGGGGGAGGGGGUUCAUUUAACAUCGGUAGUGAUCAGGUGAAUCAAGGGGGUGUGAAUCAGGGGGAUGGCUCGGUUACUAUAACUUUACUUGGAUGAUAAUUAAUGCAGCUCGACAAGCUUAUAGGCGCACCAUAAGGGUGUAAAAUGCUAGACAGAAUAAUAGCAUGAUUCCUUCCCUGUCUUACCACCGUUUGCAGGACAUACCUGUAAAAAACCUGCACGAGCUCGGAAAACUUGGACAAAGUUCAAUUUCUUUAGGACUUGGGCUUGAUUCCCGCAGUUAUUUUCUCCUCGAAUAACUCGAGCUGAAACCCCAGGUAAAUUGGCUAAAUUGGCUAAGACCCUUAGAAAGAAGAGCAACCUCCCCACGGCUACGUUCCCGGCUAGAUAAAUUAACACUAACGUUAAGACCCAUAGUAGAUUCCCCCACUGUAUAUUGUAUAAGUAUAAUAAAGAGGCACUAAGACAGCUCAGUGACAAGGAGGUAUAUAAGGAAACCAAGGAUCUCACGCAGUAUAUUACGGAGCUAGUAAAUAGAAGGGUACGUAAGUUGUCUGCUGAUGGAUUUAUAGAUGAUAAGACUCUAGAUUAUCUUAUCAUCAAUGGUAAGCCUAGGGCAGGUCGAUUUUAUCUCCUUCCUAAAAUACAUAAGAAGGGUAACCCAGGUAGGCCAGUCAUAUCGGGGUGUAAUACUUGCACUGAAAAGAUAUCUGAGUUUGUAGAUUAUCAUAUUAAGGAUUUGGUGCCAUCUAUACCAUCCCAUAUUAAGGAUACUAAACAUUUUCUUAAUAUAGUGAGGGAUAUGGGAACUUUACCUCAGGGGGCUAUCUUAGUCACAGCAGAUGUGGUUGGGCUUUACCCCCACAUACCCCAUGAUGAGGGGUUGGAGGCUCUUAAAGCCGCUUUGGACAAACGUGGUAAGUUAACAGGUAAUUAUAUUCCUACUGAGGACCUUGUGGACUUAGCUCGCAUUGUCCUGGAGAAUAAUAAC